UGCUCGGACCGACCUGCGGACAGACGGAGACCCGUCCGGUUUCCACAGAACCAGGAGAGACCAGCAGAUCCCACAAGAACACAGAGAAGCUCGCGACACACAGGCCGAAGGAGGAGGAGGAGGAGGAGGAGGAGUCGACAUCAGCACCCUGCCGGACAACAUGACUCGUAUCGUGGAGGACUCCCAGAGGUACUACAGAUGGCAGAGCUUUGGUCCAACAGACAGACGGACUGAAGACUUGUGGGUGGAUCUGAACAACCUGCACAAGAGCCAAGUCCGAAUCCACGGCAUCCUGUCCAACACGCACCGACAGGCAGCGAGGGUGGCGCUGUCCUUUGACUUCCCAUUCUACGGACACUACCUGAGACAAAUUAUUGUGGCAACUGGAGGAUUCAUCUUCAUGGGUGAAAUCACUCAUCGAAUGCUGACCGCCACCCAGUACAUCGCUCCCCUCAUGGCCAACUUUGACCCCAGCUUCUCCAAAAACUCCACAGUGAGGUACUCCGACAACGGUAAUCUGUUUGUGGUUCAGUGGGACAAAGUGAGGCUAAAAGACCGAGAGGACGAAGGACCUUUUACUUUCCAGGCAGCUCUGCACAAAAACGGAACCAUUGUUUUCAACUACAGAGAGAUCCCUGUACCAGUGGCUAAAAUUAACUCCACCGAGCAUCCGGUGAAAGUGGGGCUGUCUGACGCUUUCAUGGCUUUCCUCUCCGCCUCCCAGCUCACAGAUGCAAAGAGGCGCACCAUCUACGAAUACCACCGCGUUGAGAUCGACACCACAAAGAUCGGCAGCAGAUCUGCCUUCGAGUUCAUCCCUCUGCCCACGUGUCUUCAGCACACGUCCUGCGAUCUCUGCCUGACGUCCAACCUGACGAGCGGCUGCGGCUGGUGCAACACUCUGCAGCGAUGUUCCGACGGCAUCGACCGGCACAGACAAGAGUGGCUGGAUUACAACUGCCCCGAAGAGGCUAAAGGCACAUGUGAGGACUACAACCCGGUUCUACCUGACGGCUCCGCGAGCUCCUUCAACCAGUCGUCUCCGGGUCCGACGCCUUCUUCAUCCGUGCUCGAAGACCAGCCGGUCACUCGGGAUCUACAGACGGGUCCUCCGAACCACAAGGGGAUCACCGAGAACACGGCCAUCAUAGCCGGCGUGGUGGCUGCGCUGGUCCUGCUGGUAGCUCUGACUCUGCUGGCCGUUUACUACAUCAACACACACCCGACGGUUGCUCCGCCGUUCUACCUCAUGCAGCGACGCACCAACAACUACUGGCCCUCCAUGAAGUUCCGCAACCAGGGCUGCCACUCCAGCUACGCCGAGGUGGAGCUCGGGGGUCACGAAAAGGAAGGUUUCAUCGAAGCUGAGCAGUGCUGCUAGAAGACGAAGGAGGAGGAGGGACGCCAUCUUGAGGGACGGUGCAACGAGAAGGAUGGACUUUUUCUCCGACCUUUGUGGCUGGACAGUGUUUACUGUAGCUGCUCCUGUAGCUCUCGCCAGCUUUGUCCUUUGCUGUUUUGCCAUCACACGGGGGGUUCGGCGGCCGAUUGUACAGAGAUGAUGAGAUGUGUAGCUGUCCAAAAAAAAAACCCAUCAAUGCAAGGGUGGAUGUCAGGGAACGAACUAGCCUUCCUACUGCAAACCGGUGUACAGCUCGACUUCACUAUGUGUUUCUGUUUUCAUGCAUCUUACGGAUUGUUUUUUUGUUUUGUUUCACGAAACUUCUACGCGAUUGGUUCAUAAAUGUUAUACCUACACGGACUUCACUACCGCAGAUAUCUAGCUAUAUAAUUGAUAGUGAUUAUUCUUGAACUUCUCUGGAGAAAUAUUGUUUGGAUGAGUUUUAGCGGCAUCGAGUUACCUUUCUGUUUAAAUGUCUUCUAAUAAAAGCUGGUGGUGAGUGUCGA